AUGGUUUUUGGCGUGACUAACCUUCCCGAGUCCUUCGCCGGCCGGUUAGGUUCCUCCACACAGCCCAAAAGGCCUUCAGUCAAAUGGGAUCUGGGCUCGAAUUUCGAGUCUGUUGCCAAGGAGCCCACUGCCUCUGGCACGGACUUCCGGCGCGAGAGACUAGACAGCCAGCCGGGUCUCGGCCUCCGCGUCCAACCACAGGUCUACUUCCUGAGGCCGCGGCCGGCAAUUCCGAAGUUGUUAUUCAGCAUAUUGAAUUCCAGCGAUGCCAAUGUGAAGAAGCUUUUACCCAAGAGCCAUCUGUCUCGGGUGAUUAUUCGGGACAACCUCAAUGCACAGCGCAUCUACGAGAUGGAGAUGAAAGCUUCGGACAAGACCAAGAGAAAAAUGAGCCAUUUGUACGACCACCUGAAAAAGAAGUUCAUGACAGACCAGCUGAGGAAGAUGCUGCGCUGGAGGCGGGAGUCUCUGAGCACCCAGCAGUACUUGAAUAGGCAGCGGGUAGGCUCCACUUAGAUGGCAAGCCAGCCACCGUAGCAGUGGCAGAACGAUCUGCCCCGGAACACAGAACCACCCUGGUGAGAGCCGAGGGCCUGGAACUUGCUGGCCUCCACCACUGUAGAGCAAUAAAGGGUUAGCAGCGGAUAGGAUGAGAGCGCAAGUCCUCGGUUCCAGUCUGCUUUGCUCCACCAUCCCCUCCAUGCCAGUGAAAGACCUGCAGCCACCAAUGCUUGGUGGAAGAGGCGGAGUCAAGCCAGUAUUCCUGGUUUGUGUAAACAGGGAAACUUUUGCACCCACAUUUGCUUUCUCUUUUUCCCACUUCCCCCCCCCCCCACCGUCCCCACUCCCUCUCUUUCCUUCAUGUCUACCCUUCCUUCCUUUCUUCCUCAUUUUGGUCUGGAGACAGCUCAGGACUUGCAUAUUCGCAGGGAACAUGCUCUCCCAGUCCCAGUGCGCACAUCCCUGGUGACACAUCUGCCAGCUGCGCUGUGGCUGUUGACAUCUUAGAUGGAAAGGACUGAGCAAUGCCACUGUGCGACAUUCCAGUGGUAAGGAGGUCAGGGUGAGGCACCAGACAGUGUUGUUUCUGCCACCUACCAGCUUGGAUGACCUUGGGACCUCUCUGGGCCCCUGUUUCCUCCUCUGAAAGAAUCAGGCAGGCAGUGAAAAGAUAACCCGCCUCAAGGAGCUGGCAGAGGGCAAGCGGCUGGCCCGGAGCUCAUCCUUUCCAACUGCUGUAACAGUGGCGAUACCCAUGGGCUCCCAGCCUUCCUGGUGCUUCUGCAAAGCACCCCCAGACAUCUCAGACAUCCUGCUUCCUGUCUGCCCCUUCCCAGAGCCUGCUCAAGUCCCGUGCUUGCUUUUCUCGUCGACCUUGGGUUCCCAUGGGGCUUCAUUCUGCCUGCAGUGUAGCACAGGUCUCGGUCCUUAGCCUGAUUAGAUUGUUUACCUUGAGAGCCAGAAGUAAGACCCCUCUCAGAUUUGAUACAGGUCUGUUUUGGAUGCUUCUCCAACCAGCCCUGAUGAUAGGCCACUCUUGUACCCAGAACCCACACCUGUGUCUGUGCCAAGUGUUUGGCUCUGACUUGUUCACACUCUUUUCUUUCUGGUCAGGCUGUGACACUGACAUCUCUAAUCACAAAUCUAGGAAAGGGAACAGGUAUUUGCUUUUAUUUUAUCCUAGAGAAUUUCAUACAAUGUCUCUUGACCCUAGCCAUCCCCACUGCUUUCAUGUCUUUUUUUUUUUUUUUUUUUUUUUUUUUUUUAAGGAAAGACUUUUGAAUCAGAUGAUGUCCUGGUCUUCUGGCUUUGGUUGCCCCUUCUAUGAUGUCCGCCGCGUCUUGAGGAUAGAGUUGUAUUGUAAUUGUAUUACUUGGGGUCAGUUGAUGUCUGCAUUUUGACCAGUUGUAACUUUUUAUGUUUUGCCUACAUCUAUGUCUGUGUACCUUAUGUAUACCUGGUGCCUGCCGAGGCCAGAGGCAGCAUUGGGUCCCCAGACACUGGACUUUCAGAGGGUUGGGAUCGCCGUGUGGGUGCUGGGAAUCAAACUCAGCUCCUCUGCAAGAACAGCUAGUGCUCUUAACAGUCAAGCUAUUUUGGUCUAAUGUAUACCUUUCUGACCUUGAGCUCAAUAUGUAGCUGAUGAUGGCCUUGAACUCCUGAUCCUCCUGCCUCUAUCUCCUGGGUGCUGGGACUAUGGGUGUGUGCUAACACACUCAGUCCAUCCUCACAAUCUUCCUACACUCCUAAGAGAAAGCAUGCUGUAUCUGUGACACUUAUUCUGCUUUAUAGGAUGACAUCUAAUUACAUUCAUUUUUCGGCAAAUACAUCACUUUUAUU